AUGUUUGUUAUCUCAUCGGCCUAUAAAUUAACCCCACCAACAAAUUAUACAUGGCCUCAAAACUCCAAAAAAAUAUGUUUUGCAGGACGUUUUGAUCUUGUACUUAAUGUUAACUAUACACAAAUUGAUGGCGCAAAAGCAACAGCUAGAAUUCCAUUAAAUAAUGAUACAUAUGAAUCGUAUAGUGUAUCAUGUACAGCACCAGAUAAUGUUCAUCAAUUAACACUAUCAAUGUUAGGUGGUUUCACAGAAAUUAUAUUAGAUUUUUCUGUUGAUAAUAAAAAUCAGACAUUAUUAACAAAAGUUUAUGGUUAUAUAACCUUAAAUGAUAAACAAACAUAUUUUAAAAAUUAUUCAAAUGCUACAGCAGGUGUGCAUAAAUUUUCAUCAAAUGAAUCAUUAUUUGAAACAGAACGUGGUAAUUCAUAUCGAUGUAAUACAAAAACAGUAAUUCUAGGUUUCAAUCAAAAUCAAACUGUAACAGUUACAUCGAUUGAAUUAGAAAAUUUACGUAUUCAACCAUUUAUUGAUGAUUCAACAGAAUUUAAUGAUUAUGGCGUUGAAAAAGUUUGUUCAGCUGAUAUUGAUAAGAACUCUAAUUUAAUUCCAAUUAUUGUUGGUGCUUGUCUUGCUGUAUUAGUUGUUAUUGUACUUGUUGCAUAUCUCAUUGGUCGUCGACGUAGUCGAAAUGGAUAUCAAAGUGUUUAA